CGCCGGAACCGCGCAUGCGCUGUGUCCCGCAUGACCCUCGCAGACUCGCACGAGCGUUCAUGACGCUGUGGCUCAGAGACGGGCGCUGCAGCUGGCACUUUCUCCAGCUUUCUUCCUGACAUAAUGGCAGUAGAAAAGCGCUUGGCAUAUUCUAUCGUGCAGUUCCUUAGAGAUCAGACACACUGUAGCUCGCUGAAUUCAGAUGAACAGGAAAGCCUGGAAGUUGCAAUACAAUGUCUGGAGACCACCUUCAAGAUCAGCUCCAGCGACUGCCAUCUCGCCACCCCACAGCCACUGAGAGAGAUAUUCCACAAUUCCCUUCUCAAAAAUGAUGUCGUUGCGCUACCCGAGACAUUUCCAUCUCCGGAGGACAUUGAGACAGCUGAGCAGCUUAAAAAUGAGGGGAACAAUCACAUGAAAGAGGAGAAUUAUAGCAGUGCUGUGGAUUGUUAUACAAAAGCCAUCGAGUUGGACCAAAGAAACGCUGUGUAUUACUGCAACAGGGCUGCGGCUCACAGCAAACUUGGAAACUACACAGAGGCUACAGGUGAUUGUGAGCGAGCAAUUGCGAUCGACCCCUCGUACAGUAAAGCUUAUGGCAGAAUGGGACUAGCACUAACGUCUAUGAGCAAGUAUCCAAGGGCGAUAUCAUAUUUUAAAAAAGCUCUGGUGUUGGAUCCUGAAAACGACACUUACAAGUCAAACCUGAAGAUUGCGGAGCAGAAACAAAAAGAAGCUUCCAGCCCUACGGCCACAGGACUGGGGUUUGACAUGGCUAGUCUCAUCAAUAACCCCGCGUUCAUUAGCAUGGCAGCGAGCGUGAUGCAAAACCAACCAGUGCAACAACUCAUCCGAGGAAUGAUGUCUAAUGCCGCGAGGGGGCCGGCAGCCGGAGUUGGCGGAUUAUAUGACAUAUCCAGUCUCAUUGAAGCUGGGCAGCAGUUUGCUCAGCAGAUCCAGCAGCAGAACCCGGAGCUCAUCGAGCAGCUGAGGAACCACAUCCGAAGUCGCUCCUUCAGCGGCAGUGCUGAGGAACAUUCCUGAUCCCAACGGUCUAUACGGGAUCAAGAAUCGAGGGGCGGCAGGCGGAAAAAGUUGUGAGCGCAAUCCUUUCACCCAUUCUUCUGUUCAGUCGAACCAGUCGAUGGGGUGUGGCACUUUAUUUGGGAGUUUCAGGGAUGAAGAGGAAAAAUAUAUCUAAACACAUUAAAAUUCAACCUUUACACAGAGAAAAUGUCUUACAUCUGACUGAGGUUUCUUUGUGUUUGUCUGUGUAGAUAACGUUUUAGUCCUCUGUUACUUUAUAUGAAUGUAGCUGGCAAUGACACAUCAGAGUUUACAUAACAAAAUGUCCGAUCAUGAUGUCACGUUAGCAGCUAGGCCAUUGUUAUUGAUAUCCAAGAGACAGUUUUCUCAAAAAUGAAAAUCCAUAAAUUCUAUCAUGCAUACUGUAUGUCUUUCCAAACCUAUGACUUUCUUUCCUCCUCACAACACAUAAGGUCUGACUAGUCAUAAGAUAUACAACGAAUAUUUGCAUUAUUAGGUCAUUUUUGUUUUCAAAUCUUUAUUACGAGUUAAUAGUAUUGUGUGUAGAAAAAGGCAGUCAGUUUAAUUCAGCAAUUUUGUUGAAAUGUCAUUCUAUUGUGUAAUAGACCGUUUCAUCGGACGCGCGCGCCGGGACUGCAGUUAACUUCCGGCUAUUCAGUGUCUAUUGCAGCUAACUUCCGGCUAGUGUCUAAUAAAAUAACUUUUUAUUUUAUGUUAAUAUUAAUUUGUAGUAUUUUUUAUUGUAUUAAAUAAACGACUCGUUGAAUUGUGUUGAAUGUUAAUUUUAUUAAAUAAGCAUUUGUUUUCGUGUAGUUUGGUCGCAUUUAAAGAAACCGUAUGGUAGACUGACAUCUAGUGGUUGAGCUUGGUAUUUGAGUAUAAAUUAAAAAUAUCGGAGAGACAAGUUUAGCCAAGUAACGGUUCUUCUCGGUUUCUUUUGAUUGUUAUCAGAAAUAAUCUACAGACACUAUUGUUUGUGAAUGUGUACCGGAAGUUAACUGCAGCCCAUGAACGCGCGCAUGUGCAGUAACGUUUGUUUACAGUAUGUUACCGUCUACGUAAUUAAAUUGCAUCAGCUGCUUCAAGACAUAUUUUAAUGAAAAACGAUUAAAAACAUUUAACCGUCCAUUUUAACUGUUUGGUGCACCAUUAGUGUUCUAUGUAAAAGUCUGACAGAUUUGGACCAAGAACUGACAGGAUUUUCAUUUUCAGAUGAACUAUCCCUUUAACACAUAUUAGAUUACUUUGACAUAUUUUGUUCGUUUUAGGAACAAGAGGCAUCUGUGUGUGAUAAAUAAUGACUAUAUACUGUACUGUAUCAGCAGCUUCACAAGUCUCGUUUCUUUAGUUGUUUAUUCUGUAAUCUCAAUAACAUAAUCUUGCUAAUUUAAGAAUAUUUGUGUAUCUUUCAUUAUUAGCAUUUCUUCAUUUGCAUGCUUCAAGAUCUGAUAUUUACAGUCAGAUGAGUGAGUGAAACUUAAGAUGACAUUAAUAAAACAGCUGUAAAAUGUUUUGUCAAAAAAUAGCAUCAAUAAAGGUGUCAAUAGAUGACC